AAGCCAACUCAGCUAAUGUGAAGAAAUUUUUUAUACACAAAAAUUUUGCACACUGAUUGUAAAAGCAUAUAGCCGCAAUUUAGUAUAUUCUCAUUGUAAACAGUGCAGGCGAACAAUGCAAAAUGCGGCCAACACACGCAAACGCCCAAACGACCAAGCUGUGGAGUGAAUGUGCCAUUUACCUGACCAUAACAUUAGCACUUUCAUUUUCAUGUCUUCCAACUACGUGGGCUUUGUCCGACCAAAGACUGUGCGCUGACGAAAAAUGUGAACGAAUCAUCUCUAUGGGCAUAUCCAAAAUUAAAUAUAUUGGCUCCGAAGAUGGCAUGUUGUCCUUUAAAAUCAAUUCCCCGGUAAGGAUAAUGUCCAAGAGUGCCGGCAGCAAUCCUAAACUAUGGGGUGUAGAGAUCAAUGGACGUCGUGGCUAUGCUAACAAGGAUUUUAUUAUGGAAAAGAAAAUUAACAUAAACGAAAAGGAUCUCAAGUUUACAGUGCCAGUUGUAUGGCCGCCAACAUCUGCUACACCAGCAGCAGCGACUCCGGCUGCAGCAGCAGCAUCUCCACCAGCAGCAGCAGCAGUACCUGCCGAGCAAGCACCGCCCGUGCUUAAUGCCUCUGAAGCAACUGAUGAACUGAGCACCACAACAACAUCGCCGCUGGACACGUUACAGCUAUCCAUACUAACGGAGCAGGAUCAGGCAAGCAGCAGCGAAGCUUCAACGCCCAUAACACCCGUGCAACCCAAUUUACAAGUAGUUGAUGGCACGGAGCUGCCAUUGGAUUCCUUGUCUUCAGUCGGUGAGCGCGAGCGUGAGCAUAAUCAAUCCAAAAGUGCAUUAGAUGAGGCAAAGCCUGUAGCUGCUGAGCAGCUGGCAGCGCCCACGGCUACGAACGACGACGAUUAUGAAUUUGACGACUACGAAGAAGAGGAGGUUUACGAAGACGAUGACGAAUCGCUUGAUAGCAAAGCUAACGAAGUCAAAGUAGAUGUCAUGGCGCAAAAAUUAGACGAGGCACCAGUUAAGGUGGACAAUGUUAAGACUGAGCAAUUGAGUACUGAAGAAGUUGCAUCGUCAGUUACGCAGAAGCCAACAUUAGAGACUGUGGAUAAAGUUGAAGCAGUUGUAGAUGCAAUUGUGGACAGCAAGCAAAACGAAACAGAGCCCGCGGUAAAUGCUGCCUUUAUAUCAAUUACUGAAACCACCACCACGGAAAAUACUGCAAACGGGGAACAGCCAAAAAUAGAGCAGGUAAAGCCUGUAGAGCAGCUUAUUGAGCUGCCGAAGGUGGCUGUGCCAAAGGACAAGGAAGUUCCAAUUGCAAGCCCUCCAACGCCAGUUGAAGCUCCAAUAGUUGAGCCAUCAGUCAGCGAGACUGAAAAAUUGAAGUUGCCAGAAGCUGAGUUUGAAAAAGUUGAAGAUGUUGUAGACCAAGCUAAUGCAACAAGCGUGGAAGCUGGCAAACCAGAGGAAAAGCUUUCGAAUACAACUGAAGCUCAGACAAAGCCUGCUGAAGAGGCAGUGAACGCAACGCAGCAGCAGCCCCAAAAUGACACGGAAUCUCAAGUCGCCGACCCUCUAGUUGAGAAACCAAAACCUCAGAACCUUACAACAGAAGCUAAGGAUGCUUCAGAGCUCCAAGGGACAGCUGCAAAGCCAAAUGAAACCGCUGACCAACCUCAAGUGGAAGAAAUUGUUGCGCCUGCAAAGCCACAACCAAUGGAUGCAGUAGAAAGCACGACUUCCAUGCCAAGCGAGCGGAUACCAGUACCAGCUAGUUUGCCGCCGCUAUUUAAGAAACAACAAUUUAAGGAUCCCAAUGAGUACUACAAGCAGCUGCAGGAGCAGCAGCAACUGAAGCAACAACAACAGCAAGAGGCAACGUUGGAAAAGCAUGAUCAGCACCAAGAAGAACAGGAGCAGCGAGAAAAGCAAGUGCAGAUGCAAAAGGAACAGGAACAGCGCGAAAAACAAGAAAAACAAGAUCAGCAAGAGAGGCAAGAGCGGGAAAAACUGGAGCAAGAGCAGAGAGAAAAGCAAGAGCGGGAAAAGGAAGAGGAAGCACAGCGGCAAAGACAAGAGCGGGAACAGAAGGCGGAAGAGCUGCGACAGCGAGAAGAGGAGCAGCGACAGUUGUCAAUGGAGCAGACCACGCCCACGCCGGACACAAAGCAAGCUUAUGAUGACAUUUAUGAGGCGACAGCCACGCCUGCUCCGCCCAAAGAGCCUGAGUCAUUAGUAUCUAGCGGUGCUGUGGGCUCAGUGGAACCCUUGGCGUUGCCCACAACAAGCCCUGAAGCUAUCAAAGAAGACGCUGGCUUAAGCCUGGGACUGUUUAGCACAAUUAUGGACACGGUUAAUUCAUUUAUAAGCAAUCAAGGUGAUAAGCCAGCUGAAGAACCUGCCGGACAUGAUGAACUACAUCGCUUGCUCUAUCCGGAUGCCCCAGUACCAGCAGCAAUCCAAUCAGGUCAAGCAGCUGAAGCACCUCAGGGCCACUGUGAGCGUACCAUGUCUCCAAAUUGCCACGCUAGCAUUAGUUUGGACAACUUUGCUGAAGUGUUGGCCGCCAAGAUUUUGGAUAAUAGCUUGUUGUUGGCCUGCGUAGUUAUAGCGGCUGCCUCAUCGCUGUUCUUCAUAUGCGCCUACUAUUGUUGUUGCAAUAGCAGUCAGGAGGGUGCUUUGUUGUCUAAAUUGAAUCACUUGGAGCGCAGUUUGUUGGCCUCGCAUAAGGAGAAUCUGCUGGUGAAGCAUGAGCUGACGCACACGCGCAAUAAGUUGGCCAGCAUAGAGGAUAAUUCAUUUGGCUCGAAUGAUAUGGUGGCAGCGCUUAAGAAGGAACUAGAAACGGAACUCUAUGAGAAGGGCAAACUGCAGGAGCAAGUGAGCGCCUUGGAGAAGGACUUGGACAAUGCGGCGGAAGCGGGCUUGGAGCUGAACAAAAUGUUGUCGGAGGUGCUCAACGGACAGAAUGGCGAUGAGGCCUUUAUGAGCACUGUGGAGGAGCUGCAGCGUCAGCUCAAUGAUCAAGAGAAGAUCAUCAUAGAGAUCAAUGGCAGCUUGGCAGAGAAAAGUCGUGAGAACAGCGAGAUGCAGUAUACUUACACCGAAUCCACGGCACGUUUAACUAGUGAAAUGCAGACUCUGCAGCAGGAUAACUAUGAGCUGGAAAUGGAAAAGGCCAAGCUGCAGACGCGCAUUGAGGAAAUGCAAGCGGAAACGGAGCAAGAGCUGGCCAAGGCGCUAGAGGCGCGCAACUAUGAAAUGCAGCGACUGCAGCAGCAGAUCAUGGAGCUAACCGCCAAGCAUGAUCAAACGCAAAGCGAGCUGCAGACUAGUCUGGCCAAGAUUGAGGCAUUAGAAGAAGCGCUCAGUGCGCUAAAGAAGGGCAGCAAUGCCAAUAUCCAAGAGCUCAUUAGCUCAGCUAAGUCACGUGGUGAGCUCAAUGCGGCGCAGCAGAAAUUUGUUGCCUUGCAAGCCAAACUGGAGCAGGAAGUGGGUGCCAAGGCACGCGUGGAAAGUCAGCUACAGCAAUCCAGCAGCGAUGUGGAGCAACUGAAGCAGGACUUUAACCAAUCCGAGCGGGACAAGCUCGAGGCGCAAACGCGUCUAGAAGUGCUCUCGGGCUACUUCCGUGAAAAGGAAACGCAGCUGCAAAAGGAGCUUAGCCUGCAGGAGGCCAAGUGGCUGCAGCAUCAGGGUGAGAAUGCCAGCACAGUGGAAACGCAGACGCUGAUGAAGAAUGAAAUUCAAACACUCAAAUCACAGAAUGAUGAGCUGCGUGCAGAGAUUGAGGCGCAGAUUGCCUCGCAUAAGGCACAGAUGGGCACGCUGGAGAAUCGUGCGCAUGAGUCCUGGCUGGCAGCGCGUCAAUCGGAGCGACGCUGUGAGGAGGCAUUGGCUGAGGCGGCUGGACUUCGACGCAAGCUGACCGCCAUGGCCAGCGGCUCAGUCAGCGAUAUACUGCUGGAUGCUACCGCGACCGAGCUUAACAACGCGCCAUCCCCGCUGCCGUUGCCCGGCUCGCCAGGUUUGCUUAAUAUGCCCAAUGCACUGCCAUUCCUGCCGGCACCCUUCUCGCCAUUUAUGGGUUUGCCGCCGCCAUUUUUACCACCCGCCGGCGCUGGCGUAGGCGGCGCGCGUCCACCCCCACUGGGACGCAUGCGGUCGCCACCGCCCACAACGCGUGAUGACUACAGUGACUAUGAUGAUUACGAUGAGGAAGAUGAUGAUGAUCGCGGCAUGGACCGCAGCAGGCGGCACAGCGGCAGCUGGGGCCGAGAGCAUCAUCAUCAUCGGGAUCAUUACAUGCAUUCGCCACGUACAUAUCGCUCGCUCUCACCAUCGGACAGUCGCUACAACUACAACGAUACCGAAACUGACUUCAGCCCUCCACCCAGUCCGCCGCCGCCAGCGCGCCACAAGAGCUCGCGGACUCACAACGAAGUAUGAAACUGCGGCCAUGAUGUGUACUUCACUAAAAGCUGGUUGAAUCCCAAAAAAAAAAAAA